AUGGCUUGGCGGUUUCUCUUCAAAUGUCUAGCCUACGGGUUCGCCAUCGCCGCAUGGAACAAGCUUGUCUGGAGGCCUUUUCUCAACUUUCUUGAGGACAGCGAUGGCGAUGAGGAUGAGGAGUCACAAAUCGAAUGGGAGACGGAGCAAAGAGUACCCGAUAGGGAAGAUCGCGCAGAACAUGACCGAGAUCCGUUAUUUAUUCCGUUGGCUAUGCCGAGCCUUGUGGACGGCCCACGCUACACCCGAGACGGCCCGGAGUGGACGGCCUUUGUCAAGAUUGCAGAGGAUGAGCAGUGGUUGUCAGAAUUGCAGGCUGAGCUGGCGGAUAUUGUGCAUACGAUUCUGACGAGGCAUCCGCUGGUCUCCGACCGGCUAGGCCAGCCUUCUUGGAUCAACCAAGCCAUGCUUAACCCAAUAUUUCCGACCACAGCACCCCCAGAGUACCGCCAUCUUGGAUUUGAAAUUCACGACGACGGCACUGUCGAUACAGUGACACGCCAAAUUCCAAUGGAUGAAGGGGCCAGGUUUCGGGAUAUCAUAGUCCCUUCAGCCUUUGUCCUCUCUUUGGUUGGGGCAGGACAGACAUUUUUCAAAUUGAAAAUAGCGAAACUUAGAUCGUUCCUUGCGGAUAAUUCAAACCCAGCUCAGGAGCAACGUCAAGAAAGUGGAUCUUCACAGCGCGCAUCAUCUCCUUCAAGCGCUAGAGGUCCCGGGUCAACAGCUUUGUCACAGAAACAAUCGAAUUAUGCUGCCAAUGACUCUUUGAAAGGGGCUAUUCCCAAAAUUGAAAGCUCACCUCAGCUCCGUUCUGAUGAGAAAUCGAGCUUUAAAUCCAUUCUUUCUACCGUUCCCGAACCAGACCCUGAUUUCAUGGCGGCUGCGGAUACUUUUAAACAGCUGUUGCGAAACAGGCCGCCAAACCACUCUAUACCACGAGGCUGCUUUUUCGUGUGGGGCAUGGUCUCUAUACGAGGCCAAAAAGGGGAUUGUAUUGUCCAUGUUAAUGCACUAUAUGACCCUUCGGAAGCGGCUCUUCCACCUAAUACCCGAAAGACCUCUUGCGAAUAA